CUCGACCUUUGCAGGAAUGCGAAAGAAAGCACCUCUCCUCAUAUUCUCCCCUAUUUCACGACUAUUCCAACGAUAACCUCAGUAUAUACUAAUGACCAUGCCCGCUCUAUUUCUUCAGCUGUUCUGUGCGCAGCUCAUCCUGACACUCUCGGUGCUCGGUGCUCCGGGAGGACUGCUCGACCUCGACGGAAUCUUCAAUCGUGUAACGGGAGUGCUGGCACCAGCCAAGAACUUCGCCAUAGUGAACCAUGCCAGCGACGCCGCUUCUGGCCUGCCGUCCCAGCAGAGCAGCACUGAAAUGCCUGCUGAUAGCCAGCAACAGGCCAGAAUGGACAUGUCACCUGUAGCAAACGUGCCUUCUGUUGCCAAUGUGCCUUCUGUUGCCAAUGUGCCUUCUGUUGCCAAUGUAUCGCCCCAAGGCAGUUCUGAAACCCUGCAGGUGCCCGGGUCAAUCGACAUGGAAGUGCCUGAGGACCUCGGCCCGGAGUCUCGCAGCACCCCGGCUACACAGCCCAGCGCAACCGUACCCCAUGCUCCUUUAGCUACAUCUGGCCCGCACAAGGUCAUCCAGGUGGUGACCCAGAUCGUCAAUGCCCACGGCGAGGAUAUCGACGAGGACCAGGCCGCUGUGGCAGACAGAUCAGCUGAGGGAGACUCUAACAGGAGCGCAAUGCAUGAUACUAGCAAUACGAUUGUUGUCGACGAAGGCGACGGCGUUGCAACGAUGCUGCACACCAGCACGGUGGUUCUGGGUCAGCAGCAGGAAGAGCAGCGGAUGGCUAUGGCCGCCCCGCAUGUCUUCCAUCCGCAGAAUGCAGCAAGCGCAGUGGCAGCGCCAUGUGGGUUUGUUUUGAGUGUUUUUGCGAUUCUCUUUUGAUUCGACUCACAUUCACCUUCGUGUCUUUCCAAUAUCUCAAUGACAUUUACGCA